CUCCAUCUUGUGAUUCCUUUUUUCCUCCUGAAUCCUCCAUUGGGGGUGCGAGUUUGUCUUUGCCCCCUCCCCGACCACCCCCCGUCUCCUUUUCUCGUUCUCCUUCCCCUCCCCAGCUUGGUGUGCGCCUCUUUCUUUUCUCGCCACUCUUCAUUCUUAUUUAUUCAUAUUUAUUUGGCUCCUGCUCUCUUUCUCCCCUUCCCUCCCUCCCUCCCUCCGGAUUCCUGUUCUUUCCCCGGAGUGGCUUGUCGGGGGCUCCGCCGCUGGCCAGGCGUGAUGUUGCACGUGGAGAUGUUGACGCUGGUGUUUCUGGUGCUCUGGAUGUGUGUGUUCAGCCAGGACCCAGGCUCCAAGGCCGUCGCCGACCGCUACGCCGUCUACUGGAACAGCAGCAACCCCAGAUUCCAGAGAGGGGACUACCACAUUGACGUCUGUAUCAAUGACUACCUGGAUGUUUUCUGCCCUCACUAUGAGGACUCGGUCCCAGAAGACAAGACUGAGCGUUAUGUCCUAUACAUGGUGAACUUUGAUGGGUACAGUGCCUGCGACCAUACUUCCAAAGGGUUCAAGAGAUGGGAAUGUAACCGGCCCCACUCUCCAAAUGGACCGCUCAAGUUCUCUGAGAAAUUCCAGCUCUUCACACCCUUUUCUCUGGGAUUUGAAUUCAGGCCCGGCCGGGAAUAUUUCUACAUCUCCUCUGCAAUCCCAGAUAAUGGCAGAAGGUCCUGUCUAAAGCUCAAAGUCUUUGUGAGACCAACAAAUAGCUGUAUGAAAACUAUAGGUGUUCAUGAUCGUGUUUUCGAUGUUAACGACAAAGUAGAAAAUUCAUUAGAACCAGCAGAUGACACCGUACAUGAGUCAGCCGAGCCAUCCCGCGGUGAGAACGCGGCACAAACACCAAGGAUACCCAGCCGCCUUUUGGCAAUCCUACUGUUCCUCCUGGCGAUGCUUUUGACGUUAUAGCACAGUCUCCUCCCGUCACCUGUCACAGAAAGCAUCAGGGUCUUGGAACACCAGAGAUCCACCUAACUGCUCAUCCUAAGAAGGGACUUGUUAUUGGUUUUUUGGCAGAUGUCAGAUUUUUUGUUUUCUUUCUUUCAGCCUGAAUUCUAAGCAACAACUUGGGGCCAAGAGGGGCUAAAGUAGUUGCUGCUCCCCUGCCCUAUUCCCCCGCCCCCAGCCCUUGCCCUUGCCUUCUCUCAUCCCUUCCAAAUUAAAUGGACUCCAGAUGAAAAUGCCCAAUUGUCAUAGUGACACCAGUGGUCGUCAGCGCCUGUGCAUUCUCCUCUAAGAGCCCACCUCCGUUAGCAUACUGUGACAGCGGUCUGUGGACAAGGAAGAACGGUGGCAGAUGCAGCUAGUGAUGUCAAGGCCCAGCGGGGUUUUCCUCUCCCAUACAAUAUUUAUGCCUUCUCAUUCAGGACUGUAAGAUGAUCGUGCAGGGCAUCAUGUCACCAUGUCAAGUCCAGAGGGGAGGUAGUAAGGAUAGAUAUAAUAUUACACCCUUUCCUCUAGGAGUACAUAAAUCAACAGGCUUCCAAAAGGUUGAGACACUGGUUUUUUUUGUU